GAUAAUUUACUCAUGAUAAAUAAAAUCUUUUCUCCAACAUCAUUUAUACAAUUGUUUCAAGUUAACACUAACUAACUGAACAAUAUUAUUUUAUUAAAGACAUUUAUAUUUCAAUUUAAAAGUUAAUUAUGAAUUCAAUACUCAAUCCUAAUAAAUACGGCCCAGGAAUCAAGGGCAUAAUUAGACAAGGAAUGCACGAAAUACCAUUAAUCAUGUUAGGUGCACCCUUUGCUAUAUUCGGUUCAGGACUUAUACUGUGGCAAACAUACAAGUAUCAUAAAAAUGAUGGAGUUAAUAGAAAAUAUAAGCUUAAAUACACUCUUUACCGACCUGAUGAUCCUAGAGUGAAGUUUAUCAGAGAUUAAAUUUGUUGAUAAAAUUACUGUUGAAGAAAUAAUGUUAUUUAAUAAAUUAGAAUUAAAAAAAAACUUUGUGUGUGUCAAGAAAACAAAGUAUCUAUAUUCUAGAAUAAACCUUUUACAAUAAAAAAAACAAAUCUAUUAUAUUA